AUGGAUCAAGACAAUUCUAUAUUUCAAUAUGAGUCAGAGAAUGCCUAUAAUAAUUUACUAGAAUCUAAUUCAGAUUCUCUGUCCAUUAUGUCUUUUGAAUCCUCUUCAACACUAUAUAAUUUUGAAUAUUCAACAUUAUCCCCUAACCUUGCACAUUUUAAUUCAUCAUUAUAUGCUUCAAAAUAUUCAACCUCUUCACAUAAUUCCAAACAGCUUGCCUUGUUAUUAGAUAGUUCUGAAGAUAUUACUUUACCUUCAGAUAAUCUAGACCAUUCUGAUAAUCUAGACCAUUCUGAUUCUUCAAAUACUAAUUCUCUAUAA